AGACGUACUCGGAGGCGAGCUGGGGCCGGGACAGGAGGCAGCUCCUCCCAGCGGGCGCGGCGGUCACCUGCGAGCACUUCGCCGGGACGGGUGUGUCCAAGGGGGAGCGCGGGGCGCAGCGAGGGCGGCGCUGCCGGGCCGAGAUCCCACGGGCCUUGGGGACACACCGAGCGGAGGCGUGGCCCCGUGACCCACCACAAAUUCUGGAGGGGGUCAAAGCCUCUGAUUUCUCAGCCACCGCCAUCCCAGCUUUUGCCAGCUCCAAUUCAGCCUCCAAGCCGCAGCCUCCGGAAGGACUACCCCAGGGGAGCAUCUGCCCCAGGACCUACCUUUCCUGAGGUGGUGGGGCUUGUUUAGGGCCGCAGAGGCGCGGUGGACUGACCCAGCCCUUCCGAGGACCGAGCUGGAAAGGACGCAAGAACCUGCCGUCCGGUCUCCCAAGGCGAGGGCGCUGCAGCUGCCUGCGUGGAUUUCGCGCCUGAACCCCACGCUAUCUACUUAGCCGCCAGGUGUCCCAAGCCUUAUCCCCACCAUCCCUUCUUCUGGGCAACCUCUUGUUUGAAAACUGAUUCUGUUUCGCAAGAUCCCCUUCUCUCCCCGGAAAGGCUAGCGAACUGCAGGUAACAGCUCUGAGCGCUGAGGACCUGCGGAAACCUGCGCUUAGACGCUGACGGCGGGGAUCAGAGUUGCCUCCCGGCCCUGUGGCCCCCAUGCUGUUGUCAUGGCUAACAGGACUCGGGGCUGGAAUGGUCCUACUGCACUUCCUGCAGAAACUCCUGUUCCCUUACUUCUGGGACGACUUCUGGUACCUUAUGAAGGUGGUACAAUGUGGAAUGCGGAUAAAGACGUCCAGUCGGAAAGGGGAACUGGUCACUGUUCUGGAUAAAUUCCUGAGCCAUGCCAAGAAGCAGCCUCAGAAACCUUUCAUCAUCUACGAGGGAGACAUCUACACCUAUGAAGAUGUGGACAAAAGGAGCAGCAGAGUGGCCCAUGUCUUCCUGAACCAUUCCACGCUGAAAAGGGGGGACACCGUGGCCCUGCUGAUGACCAACGAGCCCGACUUCGUCCACGUGUGGUUCGGCCUGGCCAAGCUGGGCUGCGUGGUGGCCUUCCUCAACUCCAACAUCCGCGCCAACUCGCUCCUGCAUUGCAUCCGCAGCUGUGAGCCUAGGGCUGUAGUGGUGGGCGCAGAUUUGCUCGAAACUCUGGAAGAAAUCCUUCCCAGCCUCCCAGAAGAUAUCAGCGUUUGGGGGAUGAAAGAUUCUGUCCCAGGAGGCGUAAUUUCACUCAAAGAAAAACUGAGCACAGUAUCUGACAAGCCGGUGCCGCGCAUCCACCAUGUUACCACAAACUUCAAGUCUCCUUUUCUUUAUAUUUUUACCUCUGGAACAACAGGUCUCCCAAAAGCAGCUGUGAUUACUCAGCUGCAGGCUUUGAAGGGUUCUGUUGGACUGUGGGCCUUUGGUUGCACUACUGAUGACAUUAUUUAUAUAACCCUUCCUCUGUAUCAUAGCUCAGGAGCUCUCCUGGGAAUUGCUGGAUGUGUUGAGUUAGGAGCUACUUGUGUGUUAAAGAAGAAAUUCUCAGCAAGCCAAUUUUGGAAUGACUGCAAAAAGCAUAAUGUGACUGUGUUUCAAUAUAUUGGAGAACUUUGUCGCUACCUUUGCAAACAACCUAAGAAAGAAGGAGAAAAGGAUCACCAGGUGCGUUUGGCCAUUGGAAAUGGUAUACGGAGUGAUGUAUGGAGAGAAUUUUUAGACAGAUUUGGAAAUAUUAAGAUGUGUGAGCUUUAUGGAGCUACCGAAGGAAACAUUUGUUUUAUGAAUCACACUGGGAAAAUUGGAGCAGUCGGGAGAACAAAUUUGUUUUAUAAACUUUUUUUUACUUUCGAUUUGAUAAAGUAUGAUUUUCAGAAAGAUGAACCUAUUAGAAAUGAACAGGGCUGGUGUAGUCGUGUGAAAAAAGGAGAGCCCGGACUUCUCAUUUCUCGAGUGAAUGAAAAGAAUCCCUUCUUUGGUUAUGCUGGGAAUAAGAAGCACACGGAAAAGAAAUUGCUUUGUGAUGUUUUUAAGAAGGGAGAUGUUUACUUUAACACAGGAGAUUUAAUGGUCCAAGAUCAGGAGAAUUUCCUUUAUUUUUGGGAUCGUAUUGGAGACACUUUCAGAUGGAAAGGGGAGAACAUUGCCACCACAGAGGUUGCUGAUGUUCUUGGAAUGUUGGAUUUCGUACAGGAAUCAAACGUCUACGGUGUGGCUGUGCCAGAAUGUGAAGGAAAAACAGGAAUGGCUUCCAUUAUUUUAAAACCAAAUAAGCCUCUAGACUUGGAAAAAGUUUAUGAACAAGUCGUAACAUUUCUACCAGCUUAUGCCUGCCCACGAUUUUUAAGAAUUCAGAAAAAGAUGGAAACUACAGGGACGUUCAAACAAAAGAAGCUUCAGUUGGUGGAAGAAGGAUUUAGUCCAUUGAAAAUUUCUGAUCCACUUUACCUCAUGGAUAACUUGAAAAAAUCUUAUGUUCCAUUGACCAAAAAACUUUAUGAUCAAAUAAUGUUAGGUGAGAUCAAACUUUAAGAUUUUUUAUAUAUAUGGGGUUUUUCAUAUGCUUUCUUAGGAGAGGUGAGAGGAAAGUGUGUGGUUCUUUAAUAUGAAAUGAAAGAAAGGAACUGACAUUAAUUAAGCAUGUGCUAUAUUUCCUUAAUUAAAGCUUUUCUUUAAUGAAGAACUUUAAUUUGUUUUAAUUGAUUAAAAAAACUUUAGUUGAUGUUCUUUUUACCUAUUUGGAGAUUCAGUACAUAACUAAAUAUUUGCCUAAAUCAUAAAAUUUUUAAGUAAUAAAUAAGUGGGUAAUAGUUUAGAUACUUACUACAAAUGUACUUUUUAAUAGUUAAGGUUUCUAGUUUUGAAUAAAUGGUUAAAUUCUAAUCAAAUAUUUUAUUUUUAUGUUCCCUG